AUGAGAAUAAAUCACCUCUGGGGCAUCACUGCCCUUGCAAGAGCAACGCUCGGGUCCGAUUUGCAACAGCCGUUGGGUGGGAAUCUCCCGCCUGGAACAGUGCAUCCGUCUGAAUUUGACACCAUCAUCGCUUCAUCGCCCCUUCUCGCUUUUCACAGAAGCAUCGUGGAGAUCCCAUCCGUAAGUGGCGAUGAGAAAAACGUCGGGGAGUUCGUCCUGGAUUUUCUAUCAUCGCACAACUUCACCGUGGAGAAGCAAAUCGUCGUCCCAGAAUCUGAUGACAACAAAGAGCGAUUCAAUAUCUAUGCCUACGUUGGAGAGAAUCGAUAUCCUGACGUGCUACUGACAAGCCAUAUCGACACCGUCCCACCCUUUAUUCCUUAUUCUUUGCAUUCACCAGCUUCAAGAUCCAGGGGAAGAUCCUCAUUCAAUCGAGCGGACUUGAUUAUUGCUGGCCGUGGCACGGUCGAUGCUAAAGCCAGUGUCGCGACUAUAGUCUUCGCUGCUAUCGAGAUUCUCCAUGAAAAUCCUGAUGCCUCGAUCGGAUUACUAUUUGACGUUGGCGAGGAGAAAUUCGGUGUGGGAAUCAAACAUUUCUCAGACUCGGAUCUCAACCCGACCCCACCCAAGUUCCAUACAGUUAUCUUCGGAGAGCCUACUGAGCUCAGCCUUGUUGCCGGCCACAAGGGCUCGCUAGGGUUGAAGGUGAUCGCCAAAGGCAAAGCAGCCCAUUCGGGAUACCCUUGGCUCGGAGAAAGUGCGAUCUCAGCCAUCCUCCCUGUUUUGACUCGUCUCGAUAAUCUUGAAAAUGUCUUGCCUGUAGAUGGCGGCCUUCUUCGAAGUGACAAGCUGGGCAAAUCAACGUUGAAUAUUGGUCAGAUAUAUGGCGGUGUCGCUGGCAACGUCGUUCCAGCUUUUGCCGAAGCCUCGGUGUCAGUCCGUCUUGCAGCGGGGACCCCCGAUGACACGAGAAAGAUUCUCCAGCGGGCUGUCGAUGAAGUGACUGGAAGUGAUGGAACUGUAGUCCUAGACUUUGGAGGACUGAAAGCGGGGGGUGCGCCGCCUCAGUAUUUCGACGUGGACGUGGACGGAUUUGAUGUUAUUACUGUGAACUACGGUACAGAUGCUGCAUCGCUACAUAUCCACGAUCAAGGUAUCCAGAAAGUCCGCAGGUAUCUCUAUGGGCCAGGAACUAUUCAUGUUGCACAUGGUGAUAACGAAGCAAUCACCGUGGGAGAGCUUGAGGAAGCGGCACGCGGUUACAAAAGAUUGAUUUCGGCUGCUCUAUAA